UGCCGUUGCGCCCUCCGUGGGUCGCUCGCCUGCUGGGCGAGGAGGGCCGGAGCCCAGGCGCAGAAGCACGUGUAGAUCUGGGGCUGCGGAGACGCGCGGGAUGCGGGGGACCUGAUCCAGAGAGGGCGGCGAGAAGUUGGGUUUAGUUUCUGAGCCUUGCGUGGGGAGGAGGGCGCGAACUAAUUUUAGAAGAUGCCAAGUAGGAAGUUUGCCGAGGGUGAAGUGGUCCGAGGUCGAUGGCCUGGGAGCUCCCUUUAUUAUGAAGUAGAAAUUCUGAGCCAUGACAGCAAAUCCCAGCUGUACACUGUAAAAUACAAAGAUGGCACUGAGCUGGAACUGAAGGAGAGUGACGUGAAGCCUUUAAAAUCCUUUAAGCAAAGGAAAAGUGGCUCAACUUCCAGCUCUCCUUCAAGACGCCGUGGCAGCCGCUCAAGGUCACGCUCCCGGUCCCCUGGCAGGGCACCCAAAGGUUCCAGAAGAUCUGCCUCUGCCUCCCACCAGGCCGACAUUAAGGAAAAGGAAGCACGGAGGGAGAUUCUGCAAGUUAAACUGACUCCGCUUGUAUUGAAGCCGUUUGGAAACAGCAUCAAUGUGUACAAUGGGGAGCCCGAACAUAUGGAGAGGAAUGACAUAUCACAUAAGACCAAGCAGGAAAGAAUUAUUUUGUCACCAGAAGGCAGUUACACAGCUACCCAGUACAGCCUUCGUCCAAGAAGAGAAGAGGUCAAAGUCAAGGAGGUCGAGUCCAAGGAACAAAAGCUUGUUCCCAGAGGACCUGCACCUUUGGAGACCUUUCAGGUGACCACUCCACAGAGGAAGGACUUGGAGUUUGGAGGAGUACCUGGUGCCUUCCUCAUCAUGCUCGGCCUGCCUGCCACCCUCUUCCUGCUGCUGCUACAGUGCAGACAGAAGGACCCCAGCCUGCUGACGUUCCCCCCUCCUCUGCCAGCUUUGGACCAACUCUGGGAAACCAGAGUGUGCGGCAUCUACCUCCUCUGGUUUUUUGUUCAGGCUCUCUUUUACCUUCUGCCGAUUGGGAAGGUUGUAGAAGGAACACCUCUUGUUGAUGGAAGAAGACUCAAGUAUAGACUAAAUGGAUUCUACGCUUUUGUGCUGACGUCCGCCGCCGUGGGAGCGUCUCUCUUCUGGGGCAUGGAGCUGCACUAUGUGUACACUCACUUCCUUCAGUUUGCACUGGCGGCCGUCCUCUUCUCAGUGCUCCUGAGUGUCUACCUCUACGCCCACUCUUUGAAGGCCCCGAGGGAUGAGCUGUCCCCGGCCAGUUCUGGAAAUGCUGUCUAUGAUUUCUUCAUUGGCCGUGAAUUAAAUCCUCGAAUUGGCGCUUUUGAUCUCAAAUACUUUUGUGAAUUGCGUCCUGGAUUGAUUGGAUGGGUGGUGGUUAACUUGGUGAUGCUUUUGGCUGAAAUGAAAGUACAAGAACGUGAUGUCCCAUCCUUGGCAAUGGUCUUGGUUAACAGUUUCCAGCUCUUGUAUGUGGUGGAUGCCCUGUGGAAUGAGGAAGCGUUGCUGACUACCAUGGACAUCGUCCACGAUGGCUUUGGCUUCAUGCUGGCCUUUGGGGAUUUAGUGUGGGUCCCAUUCACCUACAGCCUUCAGGCCUUUUACCUGGUCAGCCAUCCCCAUGACUUGUCCUGGCCCUUUGCUUCUUUCAUCAUUGCUCUGAAACUCUGUGGCUACGUCAUCUUCCGUUGUGCGAACUCCCAGAAAAACGCGUUCCGGAAGAACCCCAGUGACCCGAAGCUGGCACACUUAAAGACCAUUCAUACUUCCACGGGGAAGAGUCUGCUUGUUUCUGGAUGGUGGGGCUUUGUUCGCCAUCCCAAUUAUUUGGGUGAUCUCAUCAUGGCUCUGGCGUGGUCCCUUCCAUGUGGGUUUAACCACGUCCUGCCGUACUUCUACGUCAUCUACUUCACCAUGCUGCUUGUGCACCGAGAAGCACGGGAUGAGCACCAGUGUAAGAGGAAGUACGGCCUGGCCUGGGAGAAGUACUGCCAGCGCGUGCCCUACCGCAUAUUCCCCUAUGUUUACUGACGUGCCCGGGGCUCAGCCGGCCAGACCCUCGCACAACAGCACCAAGUCCAGACGAGCUCACUGUUGAUGCACUGACAGGAUCUCUAGGUUUGGAGUUUGAGUCAGGACUAUAGAGCCAAAUAGUAGCUCCUUUCUAUAGUUGUGUAGCAUUAACAUAAGGGAAAGGAAAAACGGGGUAGGAUUUGUUUGUUAAUAGGAAAUUUUCAUCCCUAAAAAUCUGAAGUCUUAUUUUUGUAGUGUUUUGAUUUUUCAGUUGUUUUUGCCAUUUGAAUUUUCUUAAGUGAAAACCCUUAAAGUACAUCGAUGCUGUGUAAGUACAUUGUGCUUAAAGAGACAGGAAUGAAAAUUCUAAAUCUAGGUCAUGCAAACCCCAGCCUAGUAUUGGUGGUCUCUGUGAAGAGCAGGCAGGUCUCUUGCAGGCCCUGUUUGAGGGUGACCGACCAUUCAUAGCAGUGGCUUGACCUCAGACUUUAAAAGUGCUUUUGGAAAUGUAAAUACAUAGCCUACUUUUAUGUAAUAUAUGGUGACUUGUGAUUUUUCUGUACAGUUUUUGAAUGUGAGAUAAUUGUCAGGAACUAAGUAGUUUUUUUUUUUUAAACAAAAACAUUUUCAGUGUUUUAAAUUAAGUUUUUGUAAAGUAAUGUGAAUUUAAAAAUGUAAAGCAAUUAGAAUUCAUUUAAAGUUUAAAACAUAGGAAAGUUAUUUUUAUCCAAAGUUUGUGAAUUUGGCUUUGCUACCUCAAUUUGCAGGUGUGUUUGCCUUUAUAAACUGUUGCAAAUAGGAAAAAAAGUAUAUUUUUGGAGUAACAGCACUAUUUAAACAUUUUUUUACACACAUUGGUGUUGGAAAAAUUGCCAUUUCAGGCUACUAUUUUUGUAUAUUUUUGACUUAAGAUUCAACAGUGUUUUUGCUACAGUUUAGCUUAUAGAGUUUAUACUAUUUUGUAUCCUUUAUGUCUUCAGAACUCUCUAGAAAGGAAUUCAACCUGAAACAACUUUAAGGAGCUGACUUAAACUUUUGUUUUCUGUCUCAGUUUAAUAGAUGUACUAAGCUGGUGGUAGCCACUGAAUUCUAGUGAAGUUGAUUAAUGUCAUAGUAACUGUCCUGGACAAGUGGCAAAUUCACUAGACUUUUAUAUUCAAAACUACAUUGUCCCCAGAAUCUUAAACAUAAGGAUGUAAUUAUAGUGUAUACUUUUGGGUUUCAAUUACACAUAUCACAUAUGAGCCAGAUGCAAAAUGUUCAUUCUGCUCCAAAGCUUAGAGUGUAUGUAAAGUAGCUUAUGUUACUGUGAUCAUGAAGUUGACACUGUGUUCUAUCAUUUUUAGACUGUUUUUAUGAAAUUGUCACUGAUGUUUUACUAGUACUAAGGUCUGCAAGCAGGUGUUUUUCUAUAUUGCUUUUCUCCUGGUAUUGGCAUGUAUGUGCUGAACUUAAAGGGAAUUUUGGUAAGAUGAAAGACAUUGGGUUCUUUGCCUGGUAGUGAGAACCGAGUCGGAGUGCUCCAGUGUCUGGGUAUCAGCUGUAAGUUGUUUUCUUUUGAUGUUUGGCAAGCUUUAUAAGAAGAUUUAGUUGGAAAUAAAGAGUUGCUUUGA